GCGGGCCUGGCCCAGCCGGCAGUUGGGCGGUGAGGAGUCGCGCCGCUCCCUCCCACGCAGUGCACUCAGGUGGGACCAGGAACUCGCUCGCCAUGUCCGCAGCGGAGGCGGGGGGUGUUUUCCACAGAGCCCGGGGCAGGACUCUGGACGCGUUUCCCGAAGAAAAGCAGUCCCAGUGGGCAUGCCCUGUAUGGAUCAUACAGGGUGCAGACCCACAAUUUGGACUGAUGAAGGCCUGGGUCACUGGGGACUGUGACAAUGGUGGAGAUGAGUGGGGGCAGGAGAUUCGUCUAACUGAGCAAGCCAUUCAGGCCAUCAACAAGCUGAACCCCAAGCCCAGAUUCUUUGUUCUGUGUGGGGACCUCAUCCAUGCCAUGCCAGGGAUGCCCUGGCGGAAGGAGCAGACGAAGGACCUGCAGCGGGUGCUCAGGAACGUGGACAGCGACAUCCCGCUGGUCCUGGUCAGCGGCAACCACGACGUGGGCAACAUCCCCACGCCCGAGACCGUCGCGGAGUUCCAGGAGACUUGGGGAGACGACUAUUUCAGCUUCUGGGUUGGGGGCGUCCUGUUCCUCGUCCUCAACUCCCAGUUACUGUACGACGCCUCCAGGUGCCCUGCCCUGAAGCAGGCCCAGGACCAGUGGCUGGACCAGCAGCUGAGCAUGGCGGAGCAGCUCAAGUGCCAGCACGCCAUCGUCUUCCAGCACAUCCCCCUCUUCCUCCAAAGCAUCGACGAGGAGGAUGACUACUUCAACCUCACCAAGCCCAUGCGGAAGGAGAUGGCAGACAAGUUCAUCAAAGCAGGUAGCAGCGGGUCCCCAGUGUCUGGGUGGAAGAGUGGUCUGAAGGGGAGGUUUCCAGAUCCUUCUGCCCCUCCACAGCCUGGCGAAGGGGUUCUGAUUCAGCUCUGUCACUCACUGGCUGUGAGGCCUGGGACAAGGUGCCUCCAUUUCCUCAUCUGUAAAGUAGGAACAGCAAGAGUAGCUCUCAUAGGCUGGUUGUGAGGUUAAAUGAGAA